GCUCAAUUAGCUCGUAAACCGAAGAGAAGCGUUAGCGGAGGAUAUCGACCAUCGCCAUGGCGAUGAACGUCCGGUUAGGAGUGUUUUUCACUAGGUUUAAACCACAUAUCCUCGUAAUUUUUGCUCAGGUUGGCUAUACAUUUAUGUAUUUCUUCACGGAUGCUUCCUUCAAGCAUGGCAUGAAUCCUCACGUCCAUAUCACUUAUCGACAAAUCGUUGCUAGCGUUGGGAUGUUUCCCCUCGCUUAUUUCUUUGAAAGAAAAACAAGACCGAGGAUGACGGUGACACUAUUCUUGGAAAUUUUUGUUCUUUCGCUUUUAGGGAUGAGUUUGAGUCUCAACAUGCACUUUGCAAGCUUGACAUACUCAUCCCCCACGUUCGUUACAUCAUCGAUCAACACGAUAGCGUGUUUGACGUUCAUAAUUGCAGUCAUGUUCAGAAUGGAAAUUGUUGACCUUAAAAAUCCAAGAGGGAUAGCAAAAGUUGUGGGGACAUUGGUUUCAUUGGGUGGUGUGAUGAUAAUGACUUUUUAUAAAGGACCCAUCAUCAGAAAUCUAUGGCAUCCUUUCAUCCAUAUUCAACACAAAGCUUCUAAUCUCCAUGAGAAUUGGCUCAAGGGUUCACUUCUUACUGUUUCAAGCUGCAUUUCUUGGGCCCUCUCCUACAUUAUGCAGGCAUUUACAUUGAAACGAUACCCGGCGCAGCUAUCGUUAUCAACGUGGAUGAACUUGGUCGGAGCAGCGCAAUCGGGUGUGUUUGCAGUGUUGACACAACACAAGCCAGGAGUUUGGAGUGUUGGACUUAACAUUGAUCUUUGGUGCAUUAUCUAUUCUGGAAUUGUGUGCUCAGCUUUGACAGUAUACAUACAACUUUGGUGCACAGAAGAAAAAGGCCCAGUUUUUGUGACCAUGUUCGAUCCACUUUGUACAGUUUUGGUGGCUGCUUUAGCUUACUUUGUUUUUGGACAAAAGCUCUACAUGGGGAGCAUUGUUGGUGGAGGCAUCGUGAUUAUGGGGCUGUAUAUGCUGUUAUGGGGCAAAGAACAUGAUAAGUUCGAGCUCCAAAAUAAGUCACAAUUGGAAUCUGAUUCAGUGCAUGAAACUUUCAACCAACCUGAUCUGCAAAUUAGUGCAUCACCACCCCCUAACCAUGUUCUACAACAUCAACCUUAGUGCCUAUCAAAUUAGUGGGUAUUUUAAUAUGACUAGACGUAUAAUAAAUGGGAUAUCAGGUUUGAAUCUCUGACCUUUAAA